CCCCGCAUCCCGCGGCAGGCAGGCGUGAGCCCGUGCCCUCCCGCAGAGGAACGAGUACAUCUUCACGCUGAUGGCGGAGGAGAGCCCCGGCGUGCUGGUAGGGCUGCGCUACGCCCCCGACAAGCUCCACUUCCUCUUCUGGAGCCAGGAGCGCGCCGGCGGCUGGCAGACCCGCGUCACCUUCCCCAACGUCUCCCUCUCCGACGGCCAGUGGCACACGCUCGUCCUGGCUGUCUCCGGCCAGUCCUUCUCCCUGACGGUGGACUGCAGCAUCCCCAAGGAUGUGGUGGUGGAGACGCCGUUCCCAGCCUCGCUGUCGGUGAGGAGAGCCAGCUUCUACCUGGGCAACAGGCGGAGAAGGAAAGGCGUGUUCACGGGCUUGCUGAGACAGCUUGUCCUGCUACCCGGAGCCGAUGCCACCCCUCGGAUAUGCACCACCAUGAACUUCAAAGUAGCAACGCUCUCUGUCCCCACUAUCCUCCAGGAUGUCCCCAUGAAGCCAGGGAGCAACGAGGUGCUCAAAUACCCCUACGAGACUGACACGAAGGUGACCCUGGGGUCCCGUCCACGCUGCACCAAGCAGGAGAAGGCGCAGUUCUGGUUCAACACCUCCCGACGAGGGCUGUACCUCUGCAACGGCAGCACCUGGGUCUCCAUGCUGGAAGUCAAGCACAGGCUGGACUAUGUGGAGGAAUACCAGAACCUGGUGACCAGCUCAGAGACGAUGGGGAUUGAGAUCUUCACCAUCCCAAAGGUGGGACUGUUCGCAGCCACGGCCAACAGGAUCACCCCGCCAGGAUCGGCCAUCUACAAAUGGACCGAUGGGAAGUUUGUGCCCUACCAGAACAUCCGCACCUACCAAGCUCAGUCCUGGAAGUAUUUCACCAUUGGGAAGAAGAUCUUCCUAGCAGUGGCGAAUUUUGAGCAGAAUGAGAGGGGUCAGGAGUUCUCUGUAAUAUACAAGUGGAGCCGCAGGAAAGCGAAAUUCAUCACGUACCAGCGGAUCACCACGCACAGCGCCAGGGACUGGGAGGCCUUUGUCAUUGAGGGAGAGGCUUUCCUCGCUGUGGUCAACCACAGAGAAGGGAACAACCACAAUAUAGAUAGUGUGAUAUACAGGUGGAACUCCAGGACAGGGUUGUUUGAAACUAACCAGACCAUUCCUACCUCUGGAGCCUACGACUGGGAAUUUUUCACCAUCGGACCGUAUUCCUUCUUGGCUGUAGCUAACACAUUCAAUGGCACAUCCACUAAGAUCUACUCACACAUCUACAUCUGGCUCAGUGGUUCUUUCCAGCUCUUCCAGUCUAUCCUGACAUUUGGUGCUGCCGACUGGGAGGUUUUUCAUAUUGGGGACAGAGUCUUCCUGGCUGUUGCCAACAGCCACAGCUAUGACAGUGGGAUGCCAGCGCCCUCCAACUUCUACGCCAUCAACUCGUCCAUCUAUGAGCUGAACAUCACCGCUCAGAUGUUUGUUAAAUUCCAGGACCUUCUCACCUACAGUGCCCUGGACUGGGAGUUCUUCUCGGUGGGAGACGACUCUUUUCUGGUGGUAGCAAACUCCUUCGAUGGCUUCACCUUCUCCGUUAACAGUAUUAUCUACAGGUGGCAAGGCUACGAAGGCUUUGUGGCAGCCCACCACCUCCCCACCGUCGGCUGCAGGGACUGGGAGGUGUUCCACACUGCUGAGGGCUCCUACCUGCUCUACUCCAGCGCCAAGGAGCCGCUUUCCAAGGUGCUCAAGCUGAAAACCACCUGAGGUGGCUGAGACAUGCUCAGCUCAUCACCAGGACGGGGGUGAGCUGGGCAUCCAGGUGAAGAUGGACCGCAGAGCCCAGGAACGGCUGCAGUGUCAGACGGGCAGUGGCUGGCUGUGCACUCUGCAGGAAGGGGAGGAGGAGAAGGAGGAGGAGGAGGGAGCACCAGGGCUCCCUGCAGCCUUGUCUGGGGGUUGGAUGAGACCCUGCUUUGGUGCUGUUUCUCCUGGGAAAGCUCUCCCACCAUGCUCCAGAGCCAUGUCCUACACAAGGUUCCUGGUGCCCAGGUGCUUCCCAGGGCUCGCUGGGACCUGACACUUGGCAGUCUCCAGCCAGGAGGGACCCAGAGGUGCCAGUGGCUGUGGCCAGAGGUUGCACAAAGCCAGGGAAGGAAGAGACUGAGCAGAGCAUGAGCUGGCAGGGUGGGUGCAUGGCGGAGGGGAGUAAACAUGUGAGAAACUGCGGAAAAAGGUUGGUCUAGGCUUGGCUUUGGCUGCCCAGUGCCUGGUGCUGCGAUGCUGCUGAGGACCAUCUGGUUUGACCUUGCAGCCACUCUUGGUGUCACCUUUGGUGGCAUCACCACCCCUAGACACUGCUGCGGGUGCCUUCCCCCCCUGCCACUCUGCUGUGGCUGGUUUGGGUUGUCCUUGACAUGUGAUGUGUGUGUUGUACAAGCCCGUCAGUGUGUACAAGGACCACUGCUGGUCCUUGCACACCUUUGCCUGGGGUUAGUGACUCCUGAGAAAACCUGCUAUGCAUUUGGACAAAUCCAGCUACCACGGGCAUGGGAAACUGCGCCAGGUGAAACUGUGGCCUCUUUUCUUUUCCUCGCCUUUGCUUGGGGACUCUUUUGCUU